UAAAGUUGAAAGAUAGAUGAGUUGAAAUGUCCGUCUGUGCACGUGGAUUCAAUAAGGGCACUAGGUUCAGAUUGUAUCAAAUGGAAUAUGAAAUGAAUUAGUCUGAUUGAGUGGUUCUGGUUAUUGGUUGUUACAAAAUGUGGCCCUCGGUUAGAAACAAGUAGAAAGCAAACGUUUGGAGACGUUGGUACGUGAUGGCAUUCAAGUUUCUACACAUCUGUCGGGACCAAUUUCGAUGGAUUUUUGGACAAGUUUGCGAAGCUCUCAAUGCGAAGUUCACCAAUGAUAAGGACCUGUUCAUACUGCAUGACUUCUAUGCCAUGGUAGGAGGACUUCAUUUCAAUCAACAAAAUUCAAAUGUUAAACCGUGGUGGUAUCUGACUCGUGUAGUUCUUGUUACGACGUGCGUCCUUUUGAUAUGGAACUUAUGUUGGCAGAUGAUGAACGAGAGUAGAUUAGAGAUUCUGAUGAACACCAUUCAGAUCGGUGCCGGAUUGAUCAUUGUCCUCUGCCGAACACUAGUUAUUGGAUGGAACUACGAGAAACUCACGAAUCUGCGUCGCUAUCUUAACAGCCGGAAGUUCUGUCGAGAAAAUGAGGUCGCAUUCAAGAUUCGACGUAAGGUGUACCUCUUUAUCCAUCGAAUUGUACUCCUGUUUGUCACCAAUUCUUGCCUCAUGACAGCUCCAAUUUUCAUAAUUCAGCCCACAGCACCGCUUCGAAUUCCUUUCAAAUUCGGAAACUACGUGCUAGACAUCGUAGCGCAAAAGAUCUACCUUCUGAUGAUCAUCCAAAUUGUAAUUGACCUCGCAACUAACUUUUUCGUAAUCGUUAUGCUCCUCACUGGACUAACAGCCGAGUGUGAAAUUUUGUCAAAAGCUGUGGCUGAACUCUUUAAAACUACUAUUCUCAAGCUUGAGACAAUUGGACCUUCCAGGUCCAGUUCAGACGAACAAUUCUGGACAACUCUCAACCACCAGUUCGACAAGUGUAUCAUCCAACACAGAACCAUUCUACGGCAUCUGAUCGACAUCCGCCCUCUGCUGGAGGGCUCAUUCCUCAUAACCUACUAUACAGCCACGCUUAACAUCGCCUCCGGAGCAUUCUUCUUGAUCUCCAACCUGAAUCACAUCAACCUGUACAUCUACCAAAUCUGCCACUACACAAUCGUCCUGACCUUGGAAUGUUUCGUAUUCACCUUUUUCACCACCAAACUAUCCGAUGCGUACAAAUCCAUCGGUCAAUCAGCCCACGAGAUGGAUUGGCCCGACCACCUCCAACAUUGCCACCAAUUUGAACACCAGUACCGGGCCGUACGAGCCAAGAUUCUGACCAUGAUGACCGUUGGCAGUCAGGAUGUCCGAUUCAGCGCUGGUGGAUACUUCGAAUUCACGCAGGAGAAGUUCACCGACCUGAUGAAUAAGUCCUACUCGAUGAUUAUGUUUCUGUGGGAAAUGCGAAAGUAACAAGCCUCGCCUUGAACUAGUGGUUGCAAUCAAAGAAGUGUACACUGACAUUGUCUCAAUAAGUUUCAAUCGGUGCGAGGCAUAAAAAAUGCAAAAGAAAACGUGCUGUAGUGGAGCACGUUUUGCCUUUUUUUGUUCGAAGCGGUUGUUAGCAACUUAUAAUCAUACAACACCAUUCAUGACAGUCUGAUCAAAGAAAUCAGUGUUAAAUAGCUGUGAAUAGGUUUCUAUGUAUAAUUAUGUAGUUGUUUCUAGAACAGUUCAGACCAGGUAAAAAAUCAUUACAUUGGAUGUGUUAAUCACCGUUUAUUGAUAUUUAUCUGUUUUAUUGAUAUUUCCCGGCGACCCAAUGAAAACAACUAUUUUAUCCGCAGCAACUUUUGUAGAGCGAGGUGGACCACGACGGACUGGUCGUGCAGCGGAAUCUAUACCGACGACGGAACAAGGAAUCAAUCCGGGGAACUUUCGGUAUAACGCGUAAACAGUGGGAAACGACGACGUUCGAAACAGCGAUGUUUAUUGCACGGACUCUUACAGUGAACUGUAUAAUGCAAAACCUAUUGUCAAUGUCUCUCUCGCAUUGCCGCCCAUAGAUGGGGAGACAGAUGUCGCACUCCCAACACUCCUUCUCGACAUCUUCUGCGGCAAUUCUAUUAAGCUAUCGUAUUAUUUACAAUGAUCUUCUUACAAAUAAUACAAACAUCUUACACAAACAUCUAGCACACUUAGAACAUCGGACCUUAUUAACGAGUACUCCAACGACGUAACCACAAAUCAUCACCGUGGACGAUUGCCUCUAGUCGAUCGCUUCUCCAAUCGCUGUUCUAUUUCCGGUUCAUCUUUGCAUCCAUAGAAUUCAUCUUCAGAUUCUUCCGGAUGCUCCUCCUGUUCCUCUGUGCUCUUUCUGCCUUCACGUUCAAAUUGCUCCUCCUGUACGACUUCCUGUUCGAAGAACUCUGCCAAAUGUGUUGACAGUUCUUCGGAUGAUGAGUCUCCUUACGCAGCUUCAAAAAUUCGACGGUCUUCAGCACACACAAAUUCCCGUACACUUCGCCCACUGCAGCACUCUCUCCUUCGUCACUCCUUAUUGCACAGCCCAAUGUGACAAAAUCCACUCCGAAGCCUUUCUGCGUCAACUUCUGCACGGAAAUCAGUCCACUGUCUAAAGUCGGUAUGUACAGCACUUCCGUCAGCCGUAUAUUGACGAUAUUUCCUGCCACGUUCACGCACUUCACUAGGCCUUCACCAAUUCCGUGGGACUUCGUGGCAGAGCCAUCUGCCAGCGCCACAUCGACGCACUUGCUGCUAUCCAACUUCGUGAAGAAUGAGCGGUCGUUGGUUAUAUGACAUAAACAACCACUGUCAAUAUACCAAUAUUUUUCAUAUAAGUGUGGGCAACUCUAAUCUAGAUGCAUUCUUAGAUAAUUCCUACUUACCUUGAAACCUUGUUCGCUACAAAGUAACUUUACUUCAACGCAGAGCGUAUAGUAGAGCACCAUCUUCGUCGGUCUUGGGCGAUGUUCCUCCAGUUUCCCCGAACGUGUAGGGAUCGUAGAUCUUCUUCAAUGGCGUGCAGCCAGCGAGUUCGCGGCCGCCCAAGAAGUCGCCUACCUCUACCGGGUUCUCUGCUGAAUAUUCGCACUACGUGUCCAGCCCACUGAAGUCUGCCGUAAUUUAUACGUUUCACAAUAUUCACAUCUUCGUACACUUGGUACAACUCGUGAUUCAUGCGUCUGCGCCACACCCCAUUUUCUUGUUUCCCACUGAGAAUUGUGCGCAGCACUUUGCGCUCAAAAACUCCAAAAGCUUUUCGGUCUACCUCCUUUAACGUUCACGCUUCGUGACCGUAGAGGGCAACCGGAAGAAUCAGCGUCUUAUACAGAGCGAAUUUUGUUUGCGUUUGCAAGUUACGGGACCUAAGCUGGUUACGCAAUCCGCAGCUGCAAUACGCCUUUUCACUUCACGGGAAACGUCAUUGUCACAUGUCACAAGUGUUCCAAGAUAAACAAAUUCUUCAACAACUUCAAACACUUCCCCAUCAAUCACUACCUCAGCACUAACACCACUAGGCCUGCUUCUGUCUCUACCCGCUAUCAUGUACUUCAUCUUGGUAGAGUUAAUCGUCAAGCCUAUCCUCGCUGUCUCUCUCUUCAGAGGAGCAUAAGCUUCCUCCACUGCCCUACGAUCGAUGCCGAUGAGAUCAAUAUCGUCCGCAAAACCGAGGAGCAUGUGCAACCGUGUGAUGAUAGAGCCAUUCCUCUGCACGCCUGACCUCCUAAUCGCUCCUUCGAGUGCAAUGUUGAACAAUAAAUUUGAAAGAGCAUCCCCCUGCUUCAAUCCAUCCAAGGUCACAAACGACGUAGACACUUCGUCCGCGAUCCGAAUACUUGAUUUUGAUCCAUCCAGCGUUGCGCGUAUCAGCCUAAUUAGUUUCGCCGGAAAACCAUGUUCUGACAUUAUCUGCCAAAGCUCAUUUCUUUUCACUGAAUCGUACGCUGCUUUAAAAUCAACGAACGGAUGGUGAGUCUGCAAGUUAUAUUCCCGAAAUUUAUCUAGGAUCAUCCGCAGGGUAAACAUUUGAUCCGUCGUUGAUCGGCCCUCACGAAAACCAGCCUGGUAUUCGCCGACGAAGGACUCCUCAAGAGGUCGCAAUCUGUUGAACAGGACACACGACAGUAUCUUAUACGCCGAAUUUAAAAGGGUAAUCCCUCUGUAAUUGGCACACUCCAGUCUAUGCCCUUUCUUGUAGAUUGGGCAUAUGAGGCCAUGCAACCAACUGGUGGGCAAUUCUUCAUCCUUCCAAAUCUUUGUAAUAAUCUGAUGGAUUGAUUGAUGUACCUGCUCGCAUCCGU